AUGUCGGCGUUGCAAGCUCAUUGGGGGGAUAUGACAUCCUGGCUCACGCUACUGAUCUGCUGCUUACCCAUAAUUGUCUUCUGUUCUCGUCCUAAACCCCAGAUCCGUCCGAAGGGAUGUCGACGACUUGGUCUUCCACCGGGUAAGAGCAAUCUACAUGAUGAAUUCGAUUCCAAGUACAACUCUGGUGUCCCACCGACGGAGAAAGAUGGCGAUCUUCCCGCCUGGCGCAUCAAGGCCCUUUUCACAUACCCGCUGAAAUCCUGUGGUGGCAUUGAGCUGCAGACAUCCGAUAUUGUACCGACGGGACUCAAAUUCGAUCGUCAAUUUGUCUUUGCGGAGCACGGAGCCGAGGGCUGGAACACCCGUACCCUCCGCAACGCAGGAUUCCAACGUCUCGCCCUCAUUCAUGCGGAGAUAUGGGUUCCCGAUCCAUCCGCCCGGGACUAUGAUCCUUCACUCCCAGGAAUCCAAUCGCAGGGCAUCAUGAUCAUCUCUUACCCUCGGCCUCAACUACCAGGCCGUGCAAGAAGGGCCCUUGAGAAAGUUGGAAUGACAAUUGGUAUUCUCAGAUCCAGACAUUCGUUCCAAGUCCCGCUUCUUCCCUCGCAAGACUCAAUAUCAGAGUACCCACUUCUCCCCGUUAAAAUAUGGAAGGACAAGCCCCUAGCGCACGACUACAGUGCUCUCAUCCCAUCAUCUCUGCAUGCCUAUCUAGGAUUCAACCCGGCAGCAUCUCCGCUAGGGCUCUUCCGCGCAAGUCCCGUGCACACCCGCCAAAUCUUUCGCAACGCACCCCGCAAAGAAGCCAUAGGCUUUCAGCCCAACACCGCAUUCGCAGAUGCCUACCCGAUCCACCUACUCAGUCUUUCAAGUCACAGGGACGUUGCCGCCCGCUGCGCGUACGCGAUCCCAAAAUUGAGCAUCGUGCGUUUCCGUGCAAACAUCGUGAUCCAAGGACCUAGUGCCUUUGCCGAGGACCAUUGGAAACGAAUCUCCAUUGGUGGAGUCGAAAUUCACGCUGCGUGUCGGACAGUACGGUGUAAAUUGCCCAAUGUCGAUCCUCUUACAGGGGUGAGGCAUGCUGCGGAGCCGGAUCGGGCGCUGAAGUCAUAUCGGAAAAUUGACGAUGGCGAUCGCACGAACGCCUGCCUUGGAAUGCAGCUCGUGCCAGCUGUCGAAGAGUUCCUGAUGAAAGUUGGAGACGAAGUUGCUGUGUUGGAGACUGGCGAACAUCGGUACAUCAAGAUGUUGGCGCCUGGGGAGCAGGUCGAGGGCGUGUAA